AUUUCCACAUGCAAAGCACCGAAGCGGCUGAGGGGAAGGAAGCUUCCGACUCGCCUUAACUCUCUCUCGUCCCUGAAUUUAUUCCACUUACUCCGGUCUCAAUCUCUCGCAGCCGUUAGCUGUGGCGAUUAGGGACUCAAAGCCUAUGCCAACGGGGACCGAGGGACCCAAGGGAAGAGACUGCGAGCCUGCUCAGUUUCUUCGGCAAGCAGACGCAGAUGCAGGAAGAGACAGCGAAUGAGCGGCGGGGAAAGCCAGCCGAACAGCCGAAUUUAGCUUCAGCCCCAUCACUUGCCGGUGGAAACCUCCGCUGACCCUCUCCAGCAAACGCUCCGCACUCUUGACUGUGCGCUGAUCUUUCCCACCCAGCCAGCAGCCUUUCCAGAGAGGCUGUGGUCCAUAGCCUCUGUUCGUUUUCACUGCGGGACCAGGCACGAAAGUUAAAACAAAAUGAAGAUUUUUUCUGAAUCUCAUAAAACAGUAUUUGUUGUAGAUCACUGCCCUUACAUGGCAGAAUCAUGCAGACAGCAUGUGGAGUUUGAUAUGCUGGUGAAGAAUAGGACCCAAGGAAUCAUCCCGUUGGCUCCCAUAUCUAAAUCAUUGUGGACUUGCUCAGUAGAAUCUUCUAUGGAAUAUUGUAGGAUAAUGUAUGAUAUAUUUCCUUUCAGAAAGUUGGUGAAUUUCAUUGUGAGUGACUCUGGAGCACAUGUUUUAAAUUCUUGGACUCAAGAGGACCAGAAUUUGCAGGAGCUGAUGGCAGCACUGGCUGCUGUUGGGCCUCCUAAUCCUCGGGCAGAUCCAGAGUGCUGCAGUAUUUUGCAUGGCCUAGUUGCAGCAGUGGAAACCCUUUGCAAAAUUACGGAAUACCAACAUGAGGCUCGUACUUUACUAAUGGAGAAUGCAGAACGUGUUGGAAAUAGAGGACGGAUCAUUUGUAUUACUAAUGCAAAAAGUGAUAGUCAUGUGCGAAUGCUUGAGGACUGUGUCCAAGAAACAAUUCACGAGCAUAACAAGCUUGCUGCAAAUUCGGAUCAUCUCAUGCAGAUUCAGAAGUGUGAGUUGGUCUUGAUCCAUACCUACCCAGUUGGUGAAGACAGCCUUGUGUCUGAUCGUCCUAAAAAAGAUUUGUCCCCAGUUUUAACCAGUGAAGUCCAUAGUGUUCGUGCAGGACGGCAUCUUGCUACCAAAUUGAAUAUUUUAGUACAACAGCAUUUUGACCUGGCAUCGACUACUAUUACAAAUAUUCCAAUGAAGGAAGAACAACAUGCUAACACAUCUGCCAAUUAUGAUGUGGAGUUACUUCAUCACAAAGAUGCACAUGUAGAUUUCCUGAAGAGUGGUGAUACCCAUCUAGGCAGCAGCAGUAGAGAAGCCACAUUUAAAGAAACAAUAACAUUAAAGUGGUGCACUCCAAGAACAAAUAACAUUGAAUUACACUAUUGCACUGGAGCUUAUCGAAUUUCACCUGUAGAUGUAAAUAGUAGACCUUCCUCCUGCCUUACCAAUUUUCUUCUAAAUGGUCGUUCUGUUUUGUUGGAACAACCACGCAAGUCAGGUUCCAAAGUCAUUAGUCAUAUGCUUAGUAGUCAUGGAGGAGAAAUAUUUUUGCACGUCCUUAGCAGUUCUCGAUCCAUUCUAGAAGAUCCUCCUUCAAUUAGUGAAGGGUGUGGAGGAAGAGUUACAGACUACCGGAUUACAGAUUUUGGUGAAUUUAUGAGGGAAAACAGAUUAACUCCUUUUCUAGACCCCAGAUAUAAGAUCGAUGGAAGUCUUGAGAUCCCUUUGGAACGAGCAAAAGAUCAGUUAGAAAAACAUACCCGUUACUGGCCGAUGAUUAUUUCACAAACCACCAUUUUCAACAUGCAAGCGGUAGUUCCAUUAGCCAGUGUUAUUGUGAAAGAGUCUUUGACAGAAGAGGAUGUGUUAAACUGUCAAAAAACAAUAUACAACUUAGUUGAUAUGGAAAGAAAAAAUGAUCCUCUGCCUAUUUCCACAGUUGGUACAAGAGGAAAAGGCCCUAAGAGAGAUGAACAAUACCGUAUCAUGUGGAAUGAAUUAGAAACCCUUGUUAGAGCCCAUAUUAACAACUCAGAGAAACAUCAGAGAGUCUUGGAAUGUCUGAUGGCAUGUAGGAGCAAACCCCCAGAAGAAGAAGAACGGAAGAAACGAGGAAGAAAGAGGGAGGACAAAGAAGACAAGUCGGAGAAAGCAAUGAAAGAUUAUGAACAAGAAAAAUCUUGGCAGGAUUCAGAGAGAUUAAAAGGUAUUUUAGAACGUGGGAAAGAGGAGUUAGCUGAAGCUGAGAUUAUAAAAGAUUCGCCUGAUUCCCCAGAACCUCCAAAUAAGAAGCCCCUUGUUGAAAUGGAUGAAACUCCACCGGUGGAAAAAUCAAAAGGGCCAGUGUCCUUGUUAUCUUUGUGGAGUAAUAGAAUCAAUACUGCCAAUUCCAGAAAACAUCAGGAGUUUGCUGGACGUUUGAACUCUGUUAAUAACAGAGCUGAGUUAUAUCAGCAUCUUAAAGAGGAAAAUGGGAUGGAGACCACAGAAAAUGGAAAAGCCAGCCGUCAAUGAAGAGUGACCCUCGGAACUAAAUUUAGUAUAUUGCAUAAAUAUUUUGUGCAGAAUUUGAUAUAAGUACUUUUACAGCAAGAUUGUACAGUUAUGUUGCCUGGACUGGUUUUUACAUUUUUAAAAUAUUUCAACUAACUUUAUCUUUUUUGUACUAAUUGUAAAAUUGGCACAUAUGUCAAAAAUACACAUUUGAGAUUUGUCCUUCUAAAUCCACAAAUUUAUUUUACGGUAAAAGAUGGUCCUCUGGAAAUGUUUUUUAAAAAUCUCUUAG